UUUGCUGGCUGUACUUCUGAACUUGCACACGCUCGAGAGGACUAUAAAGAUCACGUCGGAGGAUAUUACAGUAGCGCAUUUUUAUCCUACCUGGAUUUAGGAGUAUUAGCUUCGUCUUCAUGCUGUAUUUGGAUUAGUUCUUCUCUCGAGACAACAUGGAAAAUAUCGGUCAAAGGAGACUUCACAUGCUUCUAUUCAUCCUGCUUGUGUUCUUCAUGAAGGCUUGUGUCUCAGACACUUUUCCUAAAGCACAGAAUGUCGCCUGGUCUUCUUUUAAUUUUAAGACCAUGUUAACAUGGAGCCCCAAACCUACAAAUUAUUCAUACACUGUCGAAUUUUCUGAAAUCAGUCAGGACAGAGAACGGAGCCCUCACUGUAUCAGGACCAUGGAAACUGAAUGUGACCUGACUACAGAGCUUAAAAACCUCAAGUCCAGUUACAACGCUGAUAUCCUGUCUGAACCCAUGCUCGGCGUGACUUCUGAAAUGAUUGAGUUCCCUUACACCACAUCCGAGAGAUUCUCCCCCUACCAUGACACUGUCAUCGGCAGACCAGAGUUUGAAAUAGUCAUCAGCAGCGACAAAAGGAUCAUUACGCUCUUUGUGAAGGAUGUCCAGACGGCUCUCUUUAAAGAAAGUAAGGAGAGACUAAGUAUUCGGGAUAUUUUCAAGGAUGACCUACAGUAUAAGGUUAUCUACAGGAAAGCCAAGAGUACAGGGAAGAAAGAGAAGAUCAGUAAAAGUAGCGUCAUCGAGCUGACAGAUUUGGACCGAGGAGUGAGUUACUGUUUUACCGUUCAGGCCUACCUUGCCUUCCGACCGCAAGACAAACAACUCGGGGAGCUCAGCCUCAUCCAGUGCUCUCAAGACGAAAACACAUCUAUAUUUGAGGAGUACAGCAUGGGUGUGAUCAUCGGGACCAUCCUGAUUAUCAUUCUGGCAGUAUCUGCAAUCAUUAUAAUCAUUGUGAUGUGCUGCAGACGAAAAAAGAGAGCACAAAACAAAGGAAAAGAGGGAUUACCAUUGAACGGGGUUUGAGGAGUGUGGACUGAUCACUUUGGUACAACUCGCCCUUAUAAAGGGAGGAUGGGGUCCUAAUUCAACAUUCCAUUGUACAACAGUGGAAUCUAAACUUGCGUUUCUGUGAAACCUCAAAAUGGAGAUAUGUUAGACUUAAUUUAGCAAGGCAGCCUUCAUUCUGUUAGGUGGUGGGAUCUUUGGUUUGUAUGCCAAAUGCACUAAUUCGAUCUACUUAGAUGUUUCGAACUAUUGGAAAUACUGUAUGGUUUUGUACACAUUUGGGAGAAUC